AUGUCUGCUGCAGACGACAAUGGAGGCACUCAGGGUGUUCGAGGGGGCUUAUUUCCUGCUUAUGCAUCGGGGAGCGAGCUUAAGACACCAUCAUCACUUUUCCCAGCGUAUAAAGCCCACUCUACUGGCAAAUCAAGCGAAGAUAAAUGCCAUGAUGGAGCUCUGGACUGGUUAGAAAACCAGAGUUUUGGAAAGGACACUGCAGCUUCUCUAAAGAGAAUACAAGAAGAGGCAGAAGACAGAAAAACAAAGCUAAGAAUAUCUGGUGAUGAACUCUCCUCUGAUGAUGUUACAGACAAAGACAAUAAAGAGCAAAAGCGAAAAUUUGAAUCUGAAGAUGAUGAGGCCAGACAGUCCAAAAAGAAGAAAAAGAAAAAACACAAAAAGCACAAGAAAAGAAGUCACAAAGAAGAUAGUGAUGAAAGUGAGACUCUCAAAGAGAAGCAGACAUUUUUCAAACCUGAGCAGGGUAAGAUAUUUGUGGAGGAUGUGUCGUGGCUGACGGCUGGAGAUGCCUAUCGUGUGGACAGGGCAGCUGAUCCCAACAACCUGACGUAUGGUUCUCUGUACAAGCUGCAUAUCGCCAAGUAUCACAGACUAGGCAGUUGCUGUGUGGGUCUAGGAGAAGGGCAGACUCUGUCGUGGCUGGUGAGAUCUAGCAAGACUAGCAAAAAACAGAGGUCCCGCAAAGAGCGCUACUUUGCCAAGGAAAAUGUCAAAGUGUUGAGAACAUCUGAGGCCGUGCCGUGCACAGGUGUAAUGAGUGCCUCGGGAAGUGAUGGUUUAGUACAUGUACCGCAAACCAAAGAUUCAGAUUAUUACCCUCUUGAAAAUGUUAACACCCAAGAAUUUUACAAAAUCUUAGAUAUGUCUAAAAGUGUUAAUCCUUUAGGUGUGUAUGAUUCCUCAACUUGCUCCUAUCUGCAAGGAAAAUCGACAGAGAAAAUGGCAGAUGUUAAGGCAGUUGAGAAUCCCACUGUUCUUCCUUCAGAAGUCAGUAGUGCCAACAAGACGGCAGUUUUCAACAAAGCCCUGAGGGAAGAUCCCCAUGACAUUAUAUUAUGGCUAGAGUUUGUGAAAUUCCAAGAGACAAACUCUCUACUAACAGCUGGCAGCAUUGCGGGAUCAGAAAUGGAUAAACUUCGAAGCAGUUCUGCCCAUAUUGCGGAGAAGAAAUUAGCAAUCCUUCACAAAGCUCUCCAGUCAAACCCUGCCUCCAUUGAGCUUAAGAUGGCAGAACUGGAGUUAAGUAGAGAGAUAUUGGAACCUCAGGAAAUCGGCAAGCAGUGGGACCAGCUACUCUUUGUACAUCCGGGAAACAUAACUCUGUGGCUACAUUACAUUUUGUUUGUACAGUCCAAUCUGAGCCAGUUCACGGUAGCUAAGACGGUCAAGUGUUACCACAGGUGCCUGGCCAAGCUGUCAUCUGUGAUGUCAGAGGAUGUACACUUAGUAGAUAAGGACCGGCCCAUGGAGGAGGAUCUACUAAUUAUUUUCUACCAGUACUGCUGUUUCCUGAAGCAGACAGGUCACACGGAGAAGGCAGUGGCCUCCCUGCAAGCCCUGGUCGAGUUUAACCUCUUCAGCCCGGAACUUGUGAAGGGAAUUCCUCACACAGAAAAGGUGACGGUCUUUGAGAGUUUCUGGGACAGUGGUGUUUCACGGUUCGGAGAGGGAGGGGCCAAAGGCUGGGUUCACUGGGUGCAGAACAGAGAUGCCCUCCCAGACAUGACCAGCAGUCAAGUUGAAAGUGAAGAGGCCGAAGAAGCUAUCCUUGCCAAAGAACAGCCGGUGUGGAAAACCUGGCUUGAGAUGGAAACUCACAGAGAAAGUGUUCACUGGUUACCAUGGAGACCAGAUUUGAGUGAGAAUCAAACAGAAGAGGACUGUGAAGAUCCUGACAGGCUGGUGCUGGUUGAUGAUAUCACACCCGCUCUAUUCACCUUCAACCAAAAAGAGUUACACUUUGACCUCAUUCUAGUGUUCCUGCACUUUAUAGGUGUUGAGGUGAAAUGUUUCCACAGCAGCAAACUGUUGGAUCACCUUGAGAAAUCACAACUGUUUCUUCAGAAUGUGAAUGAUGCAUCAUCGUCUUCCACAGAAAACAUUGGCUUUUGUUGGAAUAAUUCCUUAUUUGUAGACAGUCUGAGAAAUUUUGUACGCAACAUUGUGAAGCAGUCAAUGGCAUUUGCCUCUGGUGUUCACAAGACAAAACUAAGCCUUUUACAGCUGGAGUUUGAGGUCCAGGUUGCAAAAGUAACUUGUGAUCAGAAACUAGAUAAAACCAAAUAUAAAGAACUAAGAAAAUUAGCCAAAGGUUGUCUGAAGGAGGAACAGAAUAGAAACAACCUACAAUUGUGGACUUGGUAUGCUAGACUAGAACGCUCUUUAGGGAAAGUAGAUGAAAGUAUAAGAGUUUUGGAGACAGUGCUGUCUAUGCAGCCAGGAAAUGAACUCUCGCAGGACAGGGGAUAUUCAGAGAAAAUGGGUCUUUAUGACUUGUACUUGACUUAUAUUCAGAUUCAGUUUGGUAUUCCAGAGUGCCUGGAGUUUACACUGGGGAAAAGAAGGCCAGCUCCCUCGCCAGAAGCCAUCCAGUGUGUAGUAAAUACUGUAGAGUGUUUGGCCGAAGGAGGCAAGUUUAGCAAACCCGAAAUCGUGUCAAAGAAACCUUCGCCUAUUUCUGUAUUAAAAACAAAAAGAAAACUCAGUGACCUUCAGAAAAAGGUAAUGGAAAAUUUAAUGGAUAAUCAUAGGGUUGAAGCUGUUGACCAACAGACAACGGAGUACCUUGUUUUAACCUCCUGUAUGGCCAUGUAUGAAUACUGUACAAGUACAUUUGAUGCUGUGACGAAGUAUUACAGUGGUCUCGUGAGUGAAUGUGAUAGAACAAUAGCCUCAUCGUCAUUGGAAGAGCAAAAAGUAUUGGUGGAGGUAAAGCGAAAACUGUACAUUGAUUGGCUUAAAAUGGUAAUUUUCCACCAGACGACAUCAGUGUGUCCUCUGUCCAGGCUGCAGGCUGUGCUCGACUCCGCCCUGAAGAACUUCCCGGAGGAUAGACAGUUUCUGCAGCUGUUUGUUGCUGUGGAGACCCAGUCCUUCAUUACAGGGCGACUACGGCGAUUCUUUGAUCGGGCUGUCAGAGAAAGUAGCACGCCAUACCCAGCGGUAUUCUACUGUCUGGCUGAAAUCAAAAGGCACUUGGCUUUGUUAAAAUCUAAAAGAGAGUCAUCAGACUCCCCAGUGAGAGGUGAGACAGGGAUCCUCCACAGGCUGAGGUCUUUACUAGAGAGGGUUCUCAUCAACCUCAACUCACAGAACUGCGUCCUGCUCUGGAGACUCUACAUGCAUAUUGAGGUUCAGUUUGGAGAAAGCAGUCGUGCUAAGGGAUUGUUCUACAGAGCUCUUCAGAAAUGUCCUUGGUCAAAGACAUUAUACAAGGAUGCUGUGUCUCUCUUUCCUGAACAACUUCAAGAGUUGGUGGACUUGAUGCUGGAGAAAGAGAUUCGUGUUCAAAUCCCAGUGGAGGAAAUUCACAUUUUGAGAGGUACAUCGGAGGAGGUUGCUUCUGAAAAUGGAGCUUUGGAGGGAGAGCUGUACACAAAACUUGUGAAAGAUAUCCAUGACGAGAGUUAGCAUUGUUCAAACAUCCACAUCCAGAACUGAAAGCGGAAGUCUGAAAUACUUUGAUGGAUGAAACUAGAAAUAUGUAGUAGAGCAUUUGACAAUGGCCGAAUGUGCCCGUUUGGUCGGCAGACUGGAAUUUCCAUAAUUAUGGAUACUGGUACACAACGUUUCUGUAUGCCAAUUGCUCAGACUGUUGCAAAAGCUUGAUUUCUAAGCAACAAGGGAAAGUAUAAUAUAUAUUUUGUAUGUA